CUGGGAUUGAAUGAGCGUUGCGAUCGGGGCGGCCAUGGCGUCGCCGUUGCCGGGCCGCGCGGGUGGCCCCGCCACGCCGCUGUCUCCCACGCGCCUGUCACGGCUGCAGGAGAAGGAGGAACUGCGGGAGCUCAACGACCGCCUGGCACACUACAUCGACCGCGUGCGCGCGCUGGAGCUGGAGAACGACCGGCUGCUGCUGCGGAUCUCCGAGAAGGAGGAGGUGACCACCCGCGAGGUGAGCGGCAUCAAGGCACUGUAUGAGUCGGAGUUGGCAGAUGCCCGGCGGGUGCUGGAUGAGACCGCCCGUGAGCGUGCCCGCCUACAGAUAGAGGCCGGAAAGGUGCGGGCUGAGCUGGACGAGGCCAACAAGAGUGCUAAGAAGAGGGAAGGUGAACUCACUGUGGCCCAGGGCCGCGUGAAAGACCUGGAGUCCCUUUUCCACCGGAGUGAGGCUGAGUUGGCAGCCACCCUCAGUGACAAGCGCAGCCUGGAGAGCGACGUGGCCGAGCUGCGGGCGCAGCUGGCCAAGGCAGAGGAUGGUCACGCAGUGGCCAAGAAGCAGCUGGAGAAGGAGACGCUAAUGCGCGUGGACCUGGAGAACCGCUGCCAGAGCCUGCAGGAGGAGCUGGACUUCCGGAAGAAUGUAUUCGAGGAGGAGGUGCGGGAGACGCGGCGGCGGCACGAGCGCCGCCUGGUGGAGGUGGACAGCAGCCGCCAGCAGGAGUACGACUUCAAGAUGGCCCAAGCCCUGGAGGAGCUACGCAGCCAGCACGACGAGCAAGUGCGGCUCUACCGGCUGGAGCUGGAACAGACCUACCAGGCCAAGCUGGACAACGCCAAGCUCAGCUCUGACCAGAAUGACAAGGCGGCCAGCGCUGCCCGUGAGGAACUCAAGGAGGCACGCAUGCGCGUGGAGUCCCUCAGCUACCAGCUGUCUGGCCUCCAGAAGCAGGCCAGUGCUGCUGAGGACCGCAUCCGGGAGCUGGAGGAGACCAUGGCCGGGGAGCGGGACAAGUUUCGCAAGAUGCUGGACGCCAAGGAGCAGGAGAUGACCGAGAUGCGGGAUGUGAUGCAGCAGCAGCUGGCCGAGUACCAGGAGCUGCUGGAUGUCAAGCUGACCCUGGACAUGGAGAUCAGUGCCUACCGCAAGCUGCUGGAGGGCGAGGAGGAGAGGCUGAAGCUGUCACCCAGCCCAUCUUCUCGGGUCACCGUGUCUCGGGCCACCUCCAGCAGCAGCAGUAGUGGCGUAUCUGCUUCCGGGCGGCCAGGCCGCAGCAAGCGCCGGCGGCUGGAGGUGGAGGACUCACCAGGUAGCAGCUCUAGUGGUAUCGGCUCGGGCAGCAGCGGCAGCAGCUUCCACCUGGCCCAGCAGGCCUCAGCCACAGGCAGCGUGAGCAUUGAGGAGGUAGACCUGGAGGGAAGGUUCGUGCGUCUCAAGAACAGCUCAGACAAGGAUCAGUCCUUGGGGAACUGGAGGAUCAAGAGGCAGAUCCUGGAGGGUGAAGAGAUUGCCUACAAGUUCACGCCCAAGUAUGUCCUGCGAGCCGGCCAGACAGUUACGGUGUGGGCAGCUGGUGCAGGAGUGGCCCACAGCCCCCCAUCAACACUUGUGUGGAAAAGCCAGAGCAGCUGGGGCUCAGGUGAAAGCUUCUGCACCGUGCUGGUCAACGCAGAUGGAGAGGAGGUGGCCAUGAGAACAGUCAAGCAGUCCACUGCUCGCGAGAGCGAGAAUGGUGAGGAAGAGGAGGAGGAGGCCGAGUUCGGCGAGGAAGACCUCUUCCACCAGCAGGGGGACCCGCGGACCACCUCGAGGGGCUGCAGGCUGAUGUGACCCUACCCUCUGCAGAGCCAUUGAAUCCAUUUUUCUAUCAUUGGCUUUCUUUAGUCCUUGGUACAUUUCUAGAUAAUUUUUAAGCAAACUUAAAAUGUGGGUGGGACUCUGAGGGCUUCCUAUUGGUUGUUGUCCUCCACCACUGUCCAGGGGACUCUUGUCCCCUCCCACAUCACCUAAUUUGGUAUAAUGACCCAGUCCAGGAGCUGUGGGCUGAGGGGCUCUGGGCUGGGUUGAGGUCCUGUUGGGAGCUGCAAUGGCUGCUCUGCUCUGAUGGUGACCUAGAAGGGGACAGGAGACUGGUCCCUUGGUCCUGGGGUGGACAGAGUGCGAAGUGGCAUAGGGAUUCAGCAGUUCAGAGGUUUGUUUUCUUAAAAUGUUUAAAGACCCAGUUUUAUAAUCCAGGGUCCACCUGGGGUGGAGUGCCCAGCAACCUGUCAUGAUUUGGUGACUCUUCAGACACAGGAGACAGCUAUGUCCCCUGCAAGCAUCCAGGGCUCCAGGAGCAGCUGGCAGCACCUGAGCCUAGGUGCUUCAGCUCUGCCCUGGGCUGGGAGGGCAUGAUAGGGAAGUGCUCCUCUGGGCCUGGAUUCUGGAACUUAACAAUGCUGAGGACCAAGAGGGUAAGAAUGAAGAUUCUUGCCUUGGGAUGCUCCCUCAUGAAGAUUGUCACCCUCACACAAGGCGACAGGCUGUGAAAUGUUCUGCUAACUUUAGGAAGAACGGCCCAUCCUGACCCUCUGAGGAGUGGGCCAAGGCCCCUCUGCUCCGGCUGCCUCCCACACAUAUGCAUAUGCCCUGUGUGUCUGUCUGUGUGUGGCUUUGACCUGCAGCUUUCGCUGAAAUUACGUUCCUCAGACAUGCAGGUGACCUCCUCCCUGUCACUCUUACCUCACCCACCCGGACACACAUUAUUUUUUUAAUGGAUAUUUAUUUUUUUACAGUAGUCAGUACGCAGGUCACUGAGACCCAGCUCAGAGGGCUCAGGCCUAGGCAGCCAGUUGGGACAGGCUGAUUGUUGUCAGAGGGUGACAUGGGUAGUAAGGAACAACUGUGCCAGUCAGCUCUGAACCUCCCAAGUAGCAACUUCAACUUACUUCAGAAAGUGCAGCUUACUCCAAUACUGAGCCAUGGGUGUAUCCUUGUCCCCAAAAGUCCACCCCCCACCCCCUCGAGUUGGGCCUUCCUGCUUGUUACAGCCUGGAAGGGGGUUCAGGCCCAGGCUCCCAGCAAGGCCAUUGUCACUCCAGAAUCUGCCAGCCAUUCCAGAAGUCUAGUUUAUGAGAUGACCCAAGACAGUCUCCCCAGUUGAUUCCUGAGCAGUCCAGGCUGGUUGGAGUGGUGCCUACAGUAGUCUGUCACCCUUGCAGGCCCUGCCUGCCGCCCUGCUUCCUCCUCCAGUGCAGGAGGCCACCCAGUAACCUUACUCACAGGAAUCCAGGCUGGGGCCCAAAUUCCCAGCAUCCUUGUCCUGGGGUGUUCAUGGCAGGCCAGGGGUGGGAACAGAACCGAGUGGCCACCUGGGGAUGGGAAAGUGAUACUGGCUGGAGUGCAGAGAGGCCAGCGUAGACAAGCGAGCUGUGGUGGAAACAGCCGCGCUCGUCCUUUGCUUAGCUUUAUGCCACUUAGAACUGUCGCACAUGCUUCCCACUGUGGCUGGGACCCAGUCCCAGGGUCUACCAGUGCGCUGUGCAGGAGAUGUGGGCAGGGCUCAUUUCAGAGAUUGUGUUAAUAAGAUGCAUGCCAAAUGUGUGUUUUUGCUUUUUCCUUUUUCUCCAGUGAUUUGUAAUAUACAUUUUAUGACUGGAAACUUUUGUACAACACUCCAAUAAACACUUUGAUUUGA